CCCGUAUGUUAUAUACAACAUAUAUUUCCACCAAGUCUAAACACGUAUAAUUUUUGUUUAGACACGUGUUUUACCCCAGUCUCUUUGCUUAUUUCGCAGUUGAAAUAUCAUGAAUCGAAUCCCAGCUUGUAUAUAUCUUUUAUGGAUCGUUUGUAUAAGCUGCAUUUAUUCAGCACGACCACUUACACCAUAUCAAAGAACUUUUACACCAGCAAAAAAUAUCAGUUGUGCACAAUGUGAAAUGAAAUUAGAAGCGGAUAAAUCGAAAAGUUUCGUUGAAACUGAUAUGUACCGUCGUAGGUGUUUGGAUGAACCGGAAUUAUUCUUUAAACCAUGUAUUAUAAAUGCUCAGAAUACACCACGUGGAUGUGCUAAACUGACCACUUAUUUGAAAGAACCUGUUGCAAAAGGUCGAAUUAAAGAAGUCACAUUGAUGAAACGUUUCUGUGCUACCGAAGGUGCUGAACCAGAAGAGCUCAAAUGUGUCAAUCGUCCUUCAGAAGGCGGCUAUUCAGAAUUAUGCAUUUGUGGCACAGAUAAUUGUAAUGCUGCUCCACAUUUAUUGAAGUCAUCAUCUUUUCUCAUUUCCCUAACAAUAUCAACUACUUAUAUGCUAUUGAUGAAAACCAACUAACUAAUAUCAUUAUUAGUUAACCUUGUAAGUAGUAUAUAUAAAUACACAUACAGUAGAUUAAAACACAGAGGAAAGAUACUUUUAGUCAGAUGCAUCUAAUUGAUAAGGUGAAAAACAAAACAUCUUAGUUUGCAGUGUCAAUGUGUGAAAACACACACACGCUGACACGUCCGCACGCAAGCACCUACACAAGUGCACAUCUGCAAAAUUAUUCAUUCGCCUAAGUGAUAGACAUAAUUUAUCAUCUGUCCUGCUAUUCGCCCUCUUAAACUUACAUAUAACACAUUAGAACUAUUAACUAUUAUUAUUACUCAUACUAUUGUCAGUCAUGUUGUCUGUUAUUAUAAUGAAUGUAUUUUCUUUGUGUUAUCGUGUAGUAAUCUUUUAUGUAUAAGUAAAACUUAGUUUUUACAUAAAUUUUAUUACUAUCAUCACCAA